UAGUUGCCGUCGACGGCUACCGUCGCUGCUGCUGCCGCUGUUACCUCCUCUCCCACCGCUGCCGCUGCCACUACUACUACCACCGCUGACACUGACACCGCGACGGCGACGAGCGUGAAAAAGAUGGCGGCGCUCAUCAGGCAUGGCUCGUUCGCCAACGCUUUUAGAAGUACCUCGGCUAUCCUAGCCGCGAGCACGACGCGUCGCGAAUUCGCCCGGCACAAGAGCGAGGCUAGCAAGAGGAACGACGCCAAGAUGGCGAAGCGAGGUCGGAAGAUCGAAUCGGUCGGGGAAUCCCUGGCCGCUCGCGGAUUUUUGAGGCCGCAAAAUGCUUAUGAACCAUCCGAAGAUGUAAUUGAGAAGAUUGACAAAAUUUGCGAGACUCAAGCAAUUUCCAUGCAGAGUGACACAAAACUGGAAGACCUUGUUCUUCGUUUCAAACUAUUUGUCGCCUGCGAGGAGGAAUUCAAGCAUUCCAUCCCAAAUUCGUUGCUUCACACAAUCGAGACUAUCGAGGACUUAAAACAAUUUUAUACGACACCGGUGGACGUUAAAACGCCCUACGAAGCCCUCAGUAGGAUAGAAUUGCCCAAGAACUUGCACAUUCAGCAGGAGUAUCAUCGAUUCCAUCCAGAUACCGAUACAUUAUUCAACGGUCUAACGGCCUUCCCCAAAAGUUCCACCCUUGUGACUGGUCUCAAAUAUAGAAAGAAAUAUCCCGGACACAAGCAAGAGGAUCCGUGGUUGAACGAGCAGCUGAAGAUCUAAAUAAUCUAUUUGUCAGAUACCAAAAAUAAUUACAAUCGCAAAAGUGCCAUCAGGCAAUAAAUUUGUUAAAAACAA